AUGGAGAAGGAAAUCUUACUGAACAUGACAUUUAUCCAUCCUGCUCAGUUUUACAUUAAUGGGUUUUAUGACUUUCCCAAUGGUAUUUAUUUUUAUAUUUUCCUGUGUUUUGUUUAUAUAAUGACUGUCUUUGGAAAUGUGGUUCUUCUCCUGAUUAUUUUGCUGGUCAGAUCUCUUCAUACGCCCAAAUACAUGAUUGUGUUCAACCUGGCUCUGACAGACCUGUGCGGCAGCACUGCUCUCAUUCCCAAACUCUUGGACACUUUUCUGUUUGAAAACAGAUACAUCUCCUAUGAGGCGUGUCUUAGUUACAUGUUUUUUGUAUUGAUUUUUAUCAGCAUGCAGUCCUGGACACUUGUGACAAUGUCUUUUGACAGGUUUAUAGCUAUAUGCUUACCUUUAUACUAUCACAGUGUCAUGACUAAACCAGCUGUGGCAUUAAUGCUCUUAUUUGUCUGGCUUUUAGCUCAUGGUGUCAUAGGAACUGUAGUGGGCCUCAUAAACCGUCUCUCGUUUUGUAAAUCUCUGGUCAUUCAGAGCUUUUACUGUGACCAUGCGUCGAUGUAUCAUCUUGCAUGUAAUAGUGCAUUGGUAAACCGUAGAUUUGUUGUUUUUAGUGGUGCUAUUGUGUUCAUUUUUCCUUUAUUUUUAAUAGGCUCCAGUUAUGUAAGUAUUUCCGUAGCACUAAAGAGAACUGGAUCUAGUGGAGACCGAUUUAAAACUUUUAAAACAUGCUCUUCUCAUCUUAUGCUUGUGGUCAUAUUUUUUAUUCCUCUUGUGGGCACAAACAUAGCUGCCUACUUCCCAAACUUCCACCCAAAUACUCGAAUGAUCAACUCUACAUUGUCACAGACAUUUCCAUCUCUGCUGAACCCUUUUAUUUACUCUCUGAAUACUGAUGAGAUUCGUGCCGCCAUUAAAACAAUUUGCAGGAGAUACAGACCUAGGAGAAACUUGGAGAAACUAACACAGGUUGAACGAGACUGCAAAAAUAUUGAAUAG